GGAAGGACGCGCCCCGAGCCAGGGCCGGCAGCCGCGGCGGUGAGUGGCGAGCGCGGCCCUGCCCUGCGAGGGGAGCCCGGGCCGCGGGGCGGGCGGGGCCGAGGGCAGCGCCGGGGCCGCGGCUCCCGAGCCCUGCGGGCGAUGCCGCCCCGGGCCCCGCGCCGGCGAUGGCGCUGCCCGCGGGCUGGCGUGUCGGGGAUUUGGGGUGCCGCUUUGUGCGCGUAGUGGUUUGGGGUCUUUUUAAUUUUGGUGGUAGAAGCUCUGCUCAUCGUUCGUACUUCCCAGAACGCCGACACCUAACCUAGUCAUAGCGACCAACGCUUUAAUUUUUAAUUUUUUUUUUUCGUAAGGUAUUUCGGGUCCUUCGAGGGCUGGGAAAAGGUCUGGUUUCUGAUAAUUUUGCGUUUCUCUGCGUGUGUGCCUGUGUGUGCCAGCAGAAAAUCCCUUUAUCCUGGAAGAAUGGUGAAACUGGGGAAUAAUUUCAGCGAGAAGAGCACAAAGCAACCCCUUUUGGAGGAUGGAUUUGACACCAUCCCCCUGAUCACACCCCUGGAUGUCAAUCAGCUCCAAUUCCCACCUCCUGAUAAGGUUGUGGUCAAAACAAAAACAGAAUAUGAACCUGAUCGCAAGAAGGGAAAGUUCCGUACUCCUAAAAUAGCUGAAUUCACAAUCAGCAUCACUGAAGGGGUUUCAGAAAGAUUUAAGGUAACUGUGCUGGUCCUUUUUGCCCUUGCAUUUUUAACGUGUGUUGUAUUUCUGGUAGUCUACAAGGUUUACAAGUAUGAUCAUACCUGUCCAGAAGGAUUUGUUUUCAAGAAUAAUCAAUGCAUUCCAGCUGGGUUGGAAAACUACUACUCUGAACAAGACUCCAGCGCUCGAGGGAAAUUUUACACAGUCAUAAACCACUACAACCUGGCCAAACAAACCAUCACACGCUCCGUGUCCCCGUGGAUGACAGUACUGUCAGAAGAGAAACUGUCUGAACAGGAGACUGAAGCUGCUGAGAAAUCAGCUUAG